CCAGAGAAGCGGCUCAACCACCUGAACCCCGAAAACGCCAACAAGUAGUUUCUCCUUUGAGAAGGGCGGCUCAGCUGGCCGCAGAGAGUCCGUCUGGCUGCAGGGAAAACCUCGACCACUCGGAGACUCAAGCAGAUCUACUUUUCUCCCGGUCUCCUUAAGUCAUGUCUGAGCCACAGAGAUGGGCAAGAUCGAGAACAACGAGAGGGUGAUCCUCAAUGUCGGGGGCACCCGGCACGAAACCUACCGCAGCACUCUCAAGACCCUUCCCGGAACGCGCCUGGCCCUUCUAGCUUCCUCUGAACCUCAGGGCGACUGCCUGACCGCUGCGGGGGACAAGCUGCAGCCGCUGCCCCCUCCGCUCUCUCCGCCGCCGCGACCGCCUCCCUUGUCCCCGGUCCCCAGCAGCUGCUUCGAGGGCGGCGCGGGCAACUGCAGUUCCCACGGUGGCAACGGCGGAGACCACCCUGGGGGAGGCCGCGAAUUCUUCUUCGAUCGCCAUCCGGGCGUCUUCGCCUAUGUGCUCAACUAUUACCGCACAGGCAAACUGCACUGCCCCGCCGACGUGUGCGGGCCGCUCUUCGAGGAGGAGCUGGCCUUCUGGGGCAUCGACGAGACCGACGUGGAGCCCUGCUGCUGGAUGACUUACAGGCAACACCGCGACGCGGAGGAGGCGCUGGACAUCUUCGAGACACCCGAUCUCAUCGGAGGCGACCCUGGUGACGAUGAGGACCUGGCAGCCAAGAGGCUGGGCAUUGAGGAUGCUGCAGGGCUGGGAGGACCCGAUGGCAAGUCUGGCCGCUGGAGGAGGCUUCAGCCCCGCAUGUGGGCCCUCUUUGAGGACCCCUACUCAUCCAGAGCCGCCAGGUUUAUUGCUUUUGCUUCUUUAUUCUUCAUCUUGGUUUCCAUCACGACCUUUUGCCUGGAGACUCACGAAGCUUUCAAUAUUGUUAAAAACAAGACAGAGCCAGUCAUCAACGGCACCAGCGCUGUUCUCCAGUAUGAAAUCGAAACGGAUCCUGCCUUGACGUAUGUAGAAGGAGUGUGUGUGGUGUGGUUUACGUUUGAAUUUUUAGUUCGUAUUGUCUUUUCACCCAAUAAACUUGAAUUCAUCAAAAACCUCUUGAACAUCAUUGACUUUGUGGCCAUCCUCCCUUUCUACUUAGAAGUGGGACUCAGCGGGCUCUCCUCCAAAGCUGCUAAAGACGUGCUUGGCUUCCUCAGGGUGGUUAGGUUUGUGAGGAUCCUGAGAAUUUUCAAGCUCACCCGCCAUUUUGUGGGCUUGAGGGUGCUUGGACACACUCUUCGUGCCAGCACCAAUGAAUUUUUGCUGCUCAUCAUCUUCCUGGCUCUAGGAGUCUUGAUAUUUGCCACGAUGAUCUACUACGCCGAGAGAGUGGGAGCGCAGCCGAAUGACCCCUCCGCUAGUGAGCACACCCAGUUCAAAAACAUCCCCAUUGGUUUCUGGUGGGCUGUGGUGACCAUGACUACGUUAGGCUACGGGGAUAUGUACCCCCAAACGUGGUCAGGGAUGCUGGUGGGGGCCUUAUGUGCUCUGGCUGGAGUGCUGACGAUAGCCAUGCCCGUGCCUGUCAUUGUCAACAAUUUCGGAAUGUAUUACUCCUUGGCAAUGGCGAAGCAGAAACUGCCGAGGAAAAGAAAGAAGCACAUUCCUCCUGCGCCUCUGGCAAGCUCACCUACGUUUUGCAAGACAGAGUUAAAUAUGGCUUGCAACAGUACCCAGAGUGACACAUGUCUGGGUAAAGAAAACCGGCUUCUGGAACAUAACAGAUCAGUGUUAUCAGGUGACGACAGUACAGGAAGUGAGCCGCCACUAUCACCUCCAGAAAGGCUCCCCAUCAGACGCUCUAGUACCCGAGACAAAAACAGAAGAGGGGAAACGUGUUUCCUAUUGACGACAGGUGACUACACGUGCACUUCCGAUGGAGGGAUCAGGAAAGAUAACUGCAAAGAGGUUGUCAUUACUGGCUACACGCAAGCCGAGGCCAGAUCUCUUACUUAAUGACUUGGGGAAGGCACAAAACAUGAGAGAAAGUGUUGUACAGAAUUUAUCAUGGAUUUUUGACUGCUGAAAAAGGGACAGUGAGAUUUAGCCAUACCCAGGAUUGUACUGGAAACUUCUGCUACUGAAUGUGCCCUGAUGUGACCAGUUUGCA